CAACUUUUUCAGCAACUCUGUCACUUCGACAUCAUGGCGUAGAUGUGGACGUAUGGGGGGUUACACUGGUGGGCACCGAUAAGUUUACAAACCAAGUACCGUGAAGUUGUUUAAAACUGUGAACAAAACGAGCUAACGGGAAUAUUUUCAGUUCUUUGAGCAGAGUUUGGGUUAAUCAGUGACUGAAGAUGAUGUCCGAUGCCAGCGACAUGUUGGCAGCAGCCUUGGAGCAGAUGGAUGGCAUUAUAGCAGGAUCGAAGGCUCUGGACUAUUCUAAUGGGUUGUUUGACUGCCAGUCGCCCACUUCCCCUUUCAUGGGCAGCCUGCGGGCGCUUCACCUUCUGGAAGACCUGAGAAGUGUCCUGGAGAUGCUGGACACUGAGGAAAGGGAGAAUCUGCGCUGCCAGAUCCCCGACUCCACAGCUGACAGUCUGGUCGAGUGGCUCAAUGGUCACCUGUCCAAUGGGCACAUCUCUCUGAGUAGUGGUGACCACUAUCAAGAAAGACUUACCAGACUAGAAAGUGAUAAGGAAUCUUUGGUGCUUCAGGUGAGUGUGCUGACAGACCAGGUGGAAGCUCAGGGAGAGAAGAUUCGUGACCUGGAUUUGUGUUUGGAUGAACACAGGGAGAAACUCAACGCCACUGAGGAGAUGCUGCAGCAGGAACUUCUGUGCAGAACUGCACUGGAAUCCCAGAAGCUUGAACUGAUAUCUGAACUGUCGAACCUGAAGCUGAAGUUUAAUACUAUCGACAAGGAGAGAGUGGACUUUGAUGACAGAUUUAGAGACAGUGAGGAUCUGAUUCUUGAAAUUAAUGAACUGCGGUACAGAUUGACAGAUAUGGAAAGUGAAAAACUACUGUAUGAAAAGAAACUUAAAUCCACUAAGUCGCUAAUGGCCAAGCUUUCUAGCCUGAAAAUCAAAAUGGGCCAGAUGCAGUAUGAGAAACAGAGGAAGGAGCACAAACUUCAGGCAAUGAAGGAGGAACUAGCCGUGCUGAGGAGGCAGCUGGAGGGCAAAGAUGGAGAGAUGAGGAGACUACAGGAUGAGACAGGCUUCAAAGCCAUGGCCUUGAGCAAUGCAGAUCCCUCAGACAGAGUCUCUCAUCCAGAUGAAACUCUUAGAAAGAGGCUGAAAGAAAAACAUGUGGAAGUGCAGAGAAUGAAAAAGGCAGUUGAAUCUUUGAUGGCAGCCAAUGAAGAGAAGGAUCGUAAGAUUGAGGAAUUAAAGCAGUCGUUGGUACGGUACAAGAAAGUUCAAGACAUGGUGAUGUCGGUGCAAGGGAAAAAAGAAAGAACCAAAGAUAACGAGUACAUUGAGAGUCAUGGCGAUGCGUCUCUCGCAUUUUUGUCGACCAUCCUUCCACCCACGGAGCCAGAAAAAAACGAAGAAACAGAUGUUCAUCAGCUGAAAAGGAAAAGCCCAGAUGAGCUGGAAAUUCUCAAUGGAAUGAGUUUAAAUUCUUCACCUUCACCAAGCCCAUCAGACCCAGAACAGGUGUUUGAGUCCACACCAACAGAUGUGGAAAGCAGCCACGAUACCACAAAGAUGAGCAGCCAGGAACAUCUGGACAGGAGCAAUAAUGAAAAGAAUACAAGUGAGGAAGUCAGUAAACUGAGUGAAAAGCCACCUUUGAACCCCUCUGCCACUUUACCUGCUGCCACCACCACCACCACAGAUGACGAAGCCUUUGGCUCUAGAAAGGCUCGUUCGUCUUUCGGAAAGGGUUUUUUCAAGAUUCGUGGGGGCAAGAAAACCGGCAGCUCUCCUAACCUUGACCGCAGCCGGAGUGCGAGUGCGCCUAUGCUAGCUGAGACAGAACGACAGGGCACCGACCAUCUCGAUUUGGCCGGGCUGCCGCAGAGGUCGGCUAACAGCGACAGCACCAACACACUUCCUACAACCCCAGAGGGCAGGAAAAAAUCCAAGGGAAUUAUGAAACUCUUUGGGAAGUUGAAAAGAAGUCAGUCUACCACAUUCACCCUAGAUGAUAACCUACCAGAGGGUGAGUUCAAGCGGGGUGGAGUGCGAGCCACAGCAGGACCCAGACUGGGUUGGUCACGUGACCUCCAACAAGUCAGCAAUGAUGUCGAUGCUCCGUUUGCACGCUGGUCAAAGGAUCAGGUGUGUGACUGGCUCCAGGAUCAGGGUCUCGGUCUUUAUGUGAACAUUUCUCGUGUGUGGAUCUCCUCUGGACAGACGCUGCUCCAGGCCUCACAACAGGACCUGGAGAGGGAGCUUGGCAUCAAACACCCACUGCACAGGAAGAAGCUGCAGCUGGCUCUCCAGGCCCUCGGCUCAGAGGAGGAGGAGAAUAAGGGAAAGCUGGACUACAACUGGGUGACAAGGUGGCUUGAUGACAUCGGUCUUCCUCAGUAUAAGACCCAGUUUGAUGAGGGCAGGGUGGAUGGCCGCAUGCUGCAUUACAUGACAGUGGAUGACCUGCUUUCUCUGAAGGUGGGAAGUGUCCUGCAUCACCUCAGUAUCAAGAGAGCAAUACAAGUGCUUCGACUCAACAACUACGAGCCCAACUGCUUACGUCGUAGGCCAUCAGACGAGAACAACAUUUCUCCAGCAGAAAUCUCCCAGUGGACCAACCACAGGGUGAUGGAGUGGCUGCGAUCGGUGGACCUUGCUGAAUAUGCCCCCAACCUGAGAGGCAGUGGUGUGCAUGGAGGCCUGAUGGUUCUGGAGCCACGGUUCAACGUGGAGACCAUGGCGUUGCUGCUGAACAUCCCCCCAAACAAGACUCUGUUGCGUCGCCACCUCGCUACACAUUUUAACCUGCUCAUCGGCUCAGAGGCUCAGCAUCUUAAACAGGAGUGUCUUGAAAACCCAGACUACACACUGCUCACUGCCACCACCAAAGUCAAGCCAAAGAAACUGCCGUUUGGCAGCUUCGGCAGUCUGAGGAAGAAGAGGCAAGACGAGAAUGAGGAGUAUGUGUGUCCAAUGGAUGUGGAGAUGCCAAAGGGCAGAAGCUUCCAGAAAGGCUUUGAGCUCCAAAUCUACGAGGACGAACUUGACAGACUCCAGCAGAUGGAGGACUCUGAGGGAACUGUGAGACAGAUUGGAGCUUUCUCUGAGGGCAUUCAAAACCUGACGAGCAUGCUGAAAGAUGACGAGUUCUUCAAAGAGAUUUCAAAUUCACCCAACCCCAGUGUAACAGAUGAGGACUCCAACGCAUGAGACUAUCGGGCACCUCGAGACCUGGUCCUGCUGUGAAUGAAACUCUGUGCCAACCCUGACCACCAGACACGUUUCAACUCCACCCCCCGAGAACACUCCCACAUUUCUUUUUAGUGUUACAUUCAAAGAUAUGAGCCAAAAGUAUUAGUGUCUUUCUAGUUUCUGUUUUGAACGAUGGUGUCGUGACAGCCUACAGUCCAGUAGCCACUAUUCCUCCUGAACUUUGUCUCAUUACCGUCGUCGGAUGACAGAGGGAACACUUGGGGCAACACCACUGUUUGCCUGCCAGCUGGUUUCUGGAGAUCAUUUUAUACUGGGUUAUGAACUGGCAUCUUUUUUAUGACAGAACUGAAGUGUCAGCCAGCAGAAAGAUGACAUCUAGAAUAUGCCGACAUAGAUUUAAUAUAUAUAUAUAUAUAUCUUCGAAAUUGAUUUCUGACUGAAGAAAUAUUGGGAAAAUGAGAUGAACUUGAUAGAAAGAAAUAUGCUGAGCGGACGUCCCUGUUUUUAGUGUAAAGUAAAAAGUGAGACAGCUGCUAUGUUUUCUACAAAACUAAAGCCUGCUAAUUCAUUGAUGUGUCUUAUAUCGUAUCCUAUUCUGGAGACUUACCAGGUUUUCACUACUCAUCAGUAAUACUCUGCAUGCAUUUGCACCAAUACAUAUCAUACAGUACAAGACUAAAGAAUAUCAUUGCAUGGUAUUGAAAUUUAACACAAUUAUACAGUAUGAGUGUCUUAUUUUUUUAGAACCAUGGAUUGAUUUUAAUGGAAACCUAAUAACAUGCUGGUAUUUUUGGAAAUAGAUUUGUUGCAUUUUCACAUUUGUGAUUCAAGAUAAUGAUGUAAUGAUCUCACCAUACCUAAGAUGAUAAAGUGUGUUCUCCUCUUUUUUUAAUUUUGUAUGUUUAGGACCAAUAAAGUAAUUUAAAUCACUUGGGCUUGUUUCUAUGGAAAAGUUGCUAAAUUCUCCUCAAUUCUGAAUGAAAGAGCAAACAUUUGUCAUUAAAAACAUGGCCAUUAAAGCAACAU